CCAGUAUGCUUUUUUUCUCGUGGGGAAUAUUGGGAGGUGCAGGCAAACACUGACUCUCACAUAUGCUACUGGUAUUUGUUGAUAGACUGUCCAGCCGUGAGCUUUAGAUCCCAGUGCCCUCAAGCCAGAGUCACGGUGGCGCCGACUCACCAUUUCUGCUGUCUGCGCUCCCACGGGUCACUCCAAAUUCAAGAGAAGGGAAGUAUGGCCGCUUGUAACUUUAGCGGAUUGAGAAGCAUUUCCCACCGUAUAUUUAUUAUAGGUCUGCCGGUGCUACUGCUAGUUCAACUACUGGUAAGUUUAACGGUGCGUCUCGUUAUAAGCAUAGAGAAGAGGGGAGGCUCAGCGUCGUCUGAGGUCAUGAAAAAUGAGGGAGAUUUGGAAAGCAGCGUGUUUGGUCUCUGGACCGACGAGGGAGACUCAAGACUGACGGGAUACCACGACGAAAACGAGCUUGAAGGACUCCAGGUAAACUCGGAUUCACUAGUGAUGCAGACUGCGGCUAGAGAGCUGGUAUUGCAGCCGUGGGCAUCAGAACAUCCCUCGUUUUUUGCAGAGUUGCAGCGUCUCACCCAGUUCAUCACCACAACAGAGGUGAAAUGCUCUGUGGUGCAGGAUUCAGAUGGAAAUCAAUCAACACACUCUCCUGGUCACUUAGAUGUUUUGUGCAUCAACCACUGGAAGGGAAAAUGGGGCUGUGUGGCCUACUCAUUCAGUCUGGAUGGAAAGGAUGCUGCAUUUUUAGACACAAUGUUGUAUGCAGGGUGUGAGGUUCAUCGGUUUGACCCCAGCGGUCGAGGGAUUCGAGAGCCUGCAUCUAUUAAGAAUCAUCGGGCUUGGUUAGACUGGAGAAAUCCACUCCGUCAUGCAGGCCUCGUUGGUAAUGUACCACACAGGCUGCUUGACAUUAUGGACUCCCUGGGCCACACCAUGGUGGAUGUUCUGCGUAUGGAUUUGGAGAGCGCUGAAUGGCGCAUAUUAGAAAGCUGGAUUAAGGAUGGAACUCUCAGAAGGAUCAAUCAGCUCAUUCUGACCAUUCAUAUGCAGUGGGCGGGGUUUGAGGUGGGUGGUGUCGAAGAAGAGGUGGUGCGAUUCUGGUACAGUGUACUGAAAGCCCUCCGCAUCUCAGGACUCCAACUCGUGCAUUCGGCACAUGGCCCGGGACACAUAGUGCUGAGACACAAACUGGCGGACUCUCACAGCUCAUACACACUCAGCUGGAUAAGGACAAGUGAGCAGCCCAGAUAGCCAAAUGCAAAAUCACUGCAAAAGACACUUAGAUGCAGAAGCAAAACUCUAAUUCUAUGGAAAAGAUGACAGACGUGUCUAAGAGUACUUUUAACUAAAACAGCAUCAUUUAAUGAGACUGACGUGCUGAAUACAUACAAAAAUGCAUAAAACUUUUAAGAGGUAAAGUUGCAUGUUAGUAUUAUUUUGUUUCUCUGCACAGGCAGUCAUGCCGUCUAAUGGUUUGACAGGGUAUUGCAAUGAUUCAACUCUGCAUUUAUGCGCACAAUUUAAUCUACAGUAUACUGUGAUAAUCCUUUAAAACGUUAAAUUAACGUCAUUUUUAAUAAAACAGGGCUACGUGCAAUAUUUUACAAAUGCACUGUUUUAUAUGAAAUAAACUGUAAACAAUAAAAUGUUUAUUAGAA